AUGCCUUCUUCCCCAUCCCAAAAUCCCCCUGUACUCGAAUCCAACAAUAACGUUGUUCAAACCACCGCCACCGCCCAGCAAAACACCCGAGCCUUACUUCGAUCAUUGGAGGAGCUACGAGACUCCUUAAGUACGAGAGUGGAACAUCUCAGUAAUGCCGUAGAGAGGCUAAGAGGUCAGGCCGGCGAGUUGGAAAGAGCGCUCGAAGGGGAAAGUGGUGUGCAGAGGGAGUUGCGAGAUCCAACUAGAUCAAGACAACGUGCAAGAGAUAUAGUGGACGCAUAUGAGAAUCGUGAAAACCCUUCUCCCGUUCCUCCCCCCGCCCCUCUUAUAGCUACAGCUGCCACGACAUCAACACCUAUAAGCAGAUCAUUAUCUCGGCCUAUUACAAGCGAUGAGAUACACACUUUGUUAAAUCGAGCUUCAGCCUCAGCUCCGAGUUCAAGACCCAAUCCAGCGAAUGAUGUAUGGAUGACCCGAGCGCAGAAUAUCGAAGAGAGGAUAAGGAGGUUAAGUGAGACUGCCAGAGACUUACGAUCGAGGUCUACCUCAUCGAUCAAUGAGAAUACUACUGAGAGGGAUAGGGAUAGGGAUAGGGAUAGGGACAGACCGGAUGAUUUGCUUAGAGGAGUGCUUAAUCGAGCUAGGGAAUUGAGAGAAGAUCAAGAUAGAUUAGAAGAUGGCAUAAGGCGAUUAUCUAUUCCUACUCCGGAGGAUGGAGAUGGAAGAGCGAGAACACCUCAAAUUGUAUAUCCCAAUUUGAAUAGGAGACAAUCCCGUCAGGGAACUACUGGUAUAAUGUCAAUCUCAAGAAGUCGAAGUAGGGGAUUGACACCUACAAACAUUCGUCAAGUCGAAAGACAACCUCCUCCUGAGAUCGUUAGAUCCGCACCCGUAUCGCCAGCUUCCACCAUCCGUCCUUCACUCGAUUCAACCUCUUGUACUGAUGUCGCUGCAUCACCCGGUCCCGCGUCUGAUGGGAAUGAUGGGAGUAACAAUCAUAUAUCACCUUUACCUCUACCUCCACAAGAUUCGCAACUUACUAUAAAUCGUAUCAACCUCCUCAACCAACCCGUACCGCCCCGACCGUCCGCUCGACUGUCAAAUACAGAUCUGAUGGACAUGGCUCGAAGUAUCGUCGAGGGAAUCUCUACUUCCAGCUUGACUGAUCUCGAUCCCCCCUCGACUACAAAUAACGAUAUCACUCCUCUGCACCGCCGAAAUGCAAGGAGGGAUAGUAGCUUGACGUUCAGAGGGAGGAGAGUGGAAGCUUCCAUGGCUCAAGACCAAGGUCAAGGUGGAGCUCCACCUCGAUCUCGAAAUGAUAAUGAGGAGAUGACGGAAGAUGAAGUAUUGAGGACUUGGCCGUUCCUAGCUCAGAUCUUACAACAUCCGUUUACGGCUACUCGCACCACAACCACAGCCAAUGGUCAAACGAACAGGACAGGCGCGUCUACUGCUCAGUCAAGGGGUGAAUCGCCGAUGGAAGAGACGGUCAGACUGAUGGUAGAUGACAGAGAGCGAAGAGAUAGAUACAGAUCACCUAGACCCGCUGGUUCGUCCGCCUCCAACAUUGGAGAAGACGAACGGGGCCUUAGAAGGACAAAUCCGAGUCAAUGGUCAUCUUCCUGGUCAGCACGAGAUCCGGAUACUGAGGAUGACCAAGAUGAUCGACAACUUGUAGAAGAACAUACAGUAGUGGUUAUAGAUAUGACGACUGAUCCCCCAACCGAACAGGUCUUGCCUAGAUUCCUUAUGAGUCAGCCACAGAGACGAUCAACAGAGGAACAAGAGAGGAUAAGGGAUGAUAGAAGAUUGGCUAAUGAGAGGGUAUGGGAAAGUAGGAGGGAAUUGGAAAGUAUGGGAAUAACGGGCGGACCUAAUGCCCCCAGAUCUAGAGCAAACCCACCACAACCGGGACAAAGAGAUAGAGAUACAUUGACUUCAACUUCGAGCUCGGGCUUGGGAUUGGGACUCGAACCUGCUUUAGGCGUAGAAGCUGUCACACCAACUCAAGGUAUAUCGAUGGCUGAUCUGGAGAAUGGUAUGGAAGGUGUUAUGAGAGCUUUGAUCAUCGAUUCGGAUUCGGAAGAUGACACCACCGAUGAUAGCGAGAGCGACAAUUUAAGUGAGAGUGGAAGUGGAAGUCUUAGUGGGGAAGGAACGGUAUUUGAAGGUGAAGGUGAAAGGGUUGAAAGAGGGAAUAAUCAUGGACAAUCAACGAGCAAUACUCGUGCGCCCAAUCCAAUCAAUACCAUAAUCGACCAACGGAUCCCACCGAAAGAAUCUUUCGAUACGGAUUUACAUCUCUGGCCGAGUCAUUAUAAUUUGAGAUAUCAAUCGGAAUCGGAAGUCGUCCCUCAACGUGAAGCCAGUAUCUGUCUUCAAACAGCUGGAUACCAACAAGAUUAG